GGGUCUGAAUACUUUCUGAAGGCACUGUAUAUUUAAUUUAAUUAUAAAUAUAGCAUCAAAAUUUAGAAAAUCUGAUUUCCCCCUAUCUGAUUAUUGUCUGCAGCCGGCUCUGAUCGUAGUGUAAUGAGACAUGCAGGGACAGUGAGCUCGUCCCUGGUGGUCUGCGAACCCUCAACUUUCUGGCCCGUUAGCCCUGCAUGUCAUCGACUGUGCCACAAAACCGUGGCUUGACAAGCAUCUAGAAUGUCAGAUAGAACAUUUGAGGACGUGAAGGACGUCAUUCUAUCAGCCCACAAAAACACAGAGGCCGGGGAUAAAGUCGGCUUUUACAACACCUGGGCAGAGAACUAUGACCAGGAUGUGGUUCUUCUGGACUAUCGUGCGCCGAGUCUGGCGGCAAACUGCCUGUCCCCCUGUUUCCAUGGCGACCGGGUGACAGCAGUGAUACUGGACGUGGCCUGUGGCACAGGAUUGGUCGCAGCACAGCUGAAGAAGAUGGGCUUCAGGCAUUUUGUGGGCAUUGACGGGAGCAAAGGCAUGCUGGAACUGGCCAAUAAGACGGGCCUCUACCAGGACCUCAAGCAAUGCAUGCUGGGAGACGAACCACUUCCUGUCCAAGCUGGGCAGUUUGACGUGGUAGUGAUUGUCGGGGCGCUGAGCGACGGCCAGGUGCCAGUGAAAGUCAUCAGAGAGUUGUGCCAGGCCACCAAACCAGGUGGUUACGUCUGCAUGACGACCAGAGGUAACCAUGACAACCUGGAGUACAAGGCGGCGCUGGAGAAUGAGCUGGAGCUGAUGGAGGGGGCGGGGCUCUGGGGUCACGUGGCGAUCAAGGAGGUGGAGGAGUGGGAGAAAGCCGUGGCGGAGCAGGAGAAGGGGUACAUACCUGGAGUGGUAUAUGUUUACAGGAAGUCAUCACAGUAACAUCACACACACCUGUACAGGUUUUUAUUUUAUUUUUUAUGCUAACUGAAAAAAUAAUUUCCAUGUAAAUGGACAAUAAAGUAUAUUGUAUCGUA